GCAAACGAUAAAACAACAGGACCGGAGCGCCGUACUUUUUCCAACAACCAGACAAUCCCCAAAAACCGACGCAGAGAUGGCCCCCAAGAAGACCAAGACCUCCGACUCCAUCAACUCGCGCCUUGCGCUUGUUAUGAAGUCCGGUAAGGUUACCCUCGGAUACAAGAGCACUAUCAAGGCUAUCCGUUCCGGCAAGGCCAAGCUCAUCAUCAUUGCUGGCAACACCCCUCCUCUCCGCAAGAGUGAGCUCGAGUACUACUCCAUGCUCGGCAAGACCGCCGUCCACCACUUCAACGGCAACAACAUUGAGCUCGGUACCGCCGCCGGUAAGCUCUUCCGUUGCUCCACCAUGGCCAUCAUCGAUGCCGGUGACUCCGACAUCCUUACCGCCUCCGUCGCAUAAGCGUUGGACGAGUGAUGCUGGAAAAGUUAUCAUAGAGGAGAAUGUCAAUCUGAUACCCAAAAACAAAAGUUUCUCUUCUUU